GCCGCUGUCUCCUCCCACCAGAGCCGCGGCUGAAUGGCAUCCAGCGCUGCGCCGUCGUCAGCCAUGUUGUUGGUGUGAUUCUACGGGCGGCUCUUUAGCAGCAACAGGUUCGGCAACAUAAUAAAGGCGUUUUCCGUGGUUUGUCAAGGUUACACGCUGUUAGGAAGAGGGGGAGCUUUCUUCGUGGUGGGAAUGCCCAUCAUCUGCUGCCAGGAUUAAAGGAGGGGAGCCCAAAUGACUGCUUUUUCUCUUUCUACAAACAAUGACCACAAGUUAGCCAGCUGAGAAGAUUGGGACAGCCCACCCAGGCCACCCCACCCCUCCCCACUUGUAACCAUGAGUGGUGGCCAGAGCAUUUGGGCUAUCACUAAGGAAGAGAGGGACAAUCAUGACAAGCAGUUUGACUCGCUCUCCCCCACCAUGGGCUAUGUAUCAGGAGACCAGGCACGCAAAUUCUUCCUGCAGUCGGGCCUCCCGUCCUCCAUUCUGGCCGAAAUAUGGUCGCUGGCCGACUUCGGCAAGGAUGGGAAGAUGGACCGCCUGGAAUUCUCCAUCGCCAUGAAGCUGAUCAAGAUGAAGCUGCAGGGGCAGUGCCUUCCCUCGGCGCUGCCCAUUAUCAUGAAGACUUCAGUGCCCUCCCCUGCCAUGCCCACCACGUGCUACGGAACAGGCUCCAUGCCAAACCUGACCAUCAUGCCCGCCAUGCCCAUGAUGACACCCAUGCCCAUGGCCUCCAUGAGCCCGAUGCCGCCGCUGAUGCCCUUAGCCCUGACGUCUGGCUUCGCCCCCAGACCGCCCUCCAUAUUGUCCAUGCCUCUGAUUCCCACAGUUGGCACACCGACUCUGGCUAAUGGCACCAGCGGCUUCCUUCAGCCCAUCCCUGCCAACGGCCAGAUUGCGCCGCUAGCGACUCUUCCCCUUUCCAGCUCUUUCACGUCGAGCCCGUUGAGUUUUGCCAACCCCCCAGUGGCCAAGUCGAACUCCCUUCUGGAACUCGGGUCAAGCAGCUCCAACUCCUCCUCCACCACCUCCCUAGUAAGCAACUCCCCCAAGACAGGUGCCUCUGACUGGGCGGUACCACAGGCCUCGCGGCUGAAAUACCGGCAGCAGUUCAACAGCUUGGACAAGCAGAUGACUAACUACCUCUCGGGUGUGCAGGUCCGGAAUGUUCUGGCCUCAUCUCAGCUCACUCAGACUCAGCUGGCUGCCGUUUGGAACCUGGCAGAUGUGGACAAGGACGGUCAGCUGACGGCGGAGGAGUUCAUCCUGGCCAUGCACCUGGUGGACAUGGCGAAGGCCGGACAGCCGCUGCCCCUCGUGCUUCCCGGGGACCUGGUGCCCCCCUCCGUCAGAACGGGGAAGCAGGGGGAAUUGCUUCCUUUGAGUCGCACCAUCGUCCCUGAGGAAAUUCAAGUUGACCCACCUCAGAAGACAAAGAGUAAUGUUUCAUUCGAGGACAAGCUAAAGGAGAACUUCCAGCGGGGAAACGCUGAGCUGGAGAGGCGGCGGCAGGUCCUGCAGGAGCAGGACCGGCGUGAGCAAGAGAGGCGGGCCCAGAAGGCCCGGGAGGAGCAGGAGCGGCGUGAGCAGGAGGCGCGGGAGCUGGAGAGGAAGCGGCAACAGGAACAGGAGCGGAGACUGGAGAGGCAACGUGAACUGGAACGGCAGAAGGAGGAGGAGCGCUUAAAGGAGCUAGAGCGCAAGGAGGCUGCUAAGCAGGAGUUGGAGCGUCAGAGGAAGAUGGAGUGGGAGCGGAGGAGGCGGCAGGAGCUGCUGAAUCAGAGGAACCAGGAACAAGAGGACAUCGUCAAGCUUAAAGCCAAGAAGAGGAGCUUGGAGCUGGAGCUGGAGGCUGUGAGAGACAAGCACAAGCAGAUCUCCGACCGACUCAGGGACGUGCAGAGCAAGAGAAGCAUCCAGAAGGGAGAGCUGGAACUGAUCAACCAGAAGCAGGACAGCUGCCUGCUGGAGGUCAACGCCCUGCAGCGGCAGCUUGAGGAGGGGCAGAGGAAACAUUCUCAGCUGAUUGUGGAGCAGCAGAGGUUGAAGGAGAUCCUAUGCAACAUGGGGCUGAACAGCACAUCUGGUCCGACACACUCCUCCAUAAAGAGGGGUGUGACUGAGAAGGACAUUGUCUGUCGGAAACUCAAGGAGCAGCUGGACACACUGGAGAAGGAGACCUCGGCAAAACUGUCGGAGAUGGACCAGUACAACGUGGACAUCAAGGAGCUCCGGGAGAUCCAGACCAAGCAACAGCAGGUCCUGGACAGGCUGCGGCAGGCCAAGGCCGACAAGCUAUGCGACCUGCAGCGGAGGCGAGAACUGGAGCUGGAGAGGAGGAAGAGAGAGGAGGAGGAGGCCGUCAGGCAAGCCAAGCUGGAAAAAGAGCGGCAGUGGCGUGAGAAGCUAGAGCGGGAGGAGGAGGAGCGGCGGAGGAGGACCCUGGAGGAGCGGGAGGCCAAGCUGAAGGAGGAGGAAGAGCGUGAGCGUGAACUCCAGGCCAAACUACGCGCCGCUCAGGAGCAGGCCGAGCGGAACCGCCGGGCCGCUGAGGAGGAGGAGAGGAGGAGGCAGGAGGAAGCCCAGAAGAGGGAGGAGGAGAGAAGGCUAGAGGAGGAGCGGCGGCGAGAGGAAUACAAAAAGGCGGAGGAGGAGAGGAGGCAGAAGGAAGAGGAGAGGAGGCGGCAAGAGGAGGAGCGGAGGAAGGUGGAGGCGGAGAGAAGGAAGCUAGAGCUGGAGAGGAAAAGACUGGAAGAAGAGAAAAAGAGAUUUGAGGAGGAGAGGAGGAGGCAGGAGGAGGAGAGGAGGUGGCAGGAGGAGGAGAUCAGGAGGAAGAAGGAGGAGGAGCAGGAGCUGGAGAGGAAGAGAGAGAGGGAGGAGGAAGAGAGAAGACGUCAGCGGGCUCAGAUAGCUGCUGUCAGGGAUGCAGAAGAGGGGAGGCGGCGGGAGGAGGAGCGGAGGAGACAGGAGGAGGAGGAGGAGGGUGGGGCGGGAGAGCGGGGGGAAGUGGCCCGGCAGCAAAAGCAGCAGCAGCAGCAGCAAAAUUUUGGCAAGACAGACAUUCAUGAGAAGCUGUCAGCCCUGAUCAGGGGCCUAGAGGAGCGAAAGGGGAGUUUGAGACCCGUCAAGUCAGCACACAGGAAAUCGGCCUCCCUGACAACCUACAGAGCCCUGUACCCCUUCACAGCACGGAACGCGGACGAGCUCACCUUCGACGCGGACAGCUUAAUUGAGGUGGACGAGAAGACGGAGGGCGAGCAGGGCUGGCUGUAUGGCAGCUACAAGGGCAAGAUGGGCUGGUUCCCCGAGAGCUACGUCGAGAAACACAGUCAACCGGAAUCUGCGGCCAGCAGCAAGCAGGCACUGAUGCCCCCGACCGCAUCAUCUACCUCAGUCUCUGCGAGCAAGGCGGAGCCUAAUUCCAGUACCUUCCCGGCAGCGCAGAGCGCUCCUGGGGGGGCAGGACAGAACUCCGCCUUCACUCCCACCCACCCUCCAGGCUCUGCCUCUAUGGAGUACGGACAGGUGGCGAAUGGCCUCCAGGUGCAAGCGCUGUGCUCCUGGACGGCCAAGACGGACAACCAUCUGAACUUCUCCAAGGAUGACAUCAUCACGGUGCUGGAGCAGCAGGAAAACUGGUGGCUGGGGCAGCUGAAUGGAGUGCAGGGCUGGUUCCCCAAGACCUACGUCACGCCAGUGAGCCGGAAUGAACCCCUAUAUUCUUCUGUGGAUGAGUUCGAUAGCCCUGACAAUACUCUACAAGAGGAGUAUGUGGCCUUAUACACCUAUGAAAGCCCAGAGCAGGGAGACCUCACCUUCAACGAAGGAGACACCAUCGUUGUGACGGAAAGAGAAGGGGACUGGUGGAAUGGAUACAUCGGAGACAAGAGUGGAGUCUUCCCCUCCAACUACGUAAAGCCAAAGGAAUCUGAAACACAUAGUACCGCGGGAAAGUCAGGUGGAGCCAGCAGAAAGCCAGAGGUUGCCCAAGUGACGACUGCGUACACUGCCACCGGAGCGGAGCAGCUGAGCCUGGCCCCAGGACAGCUUAUCCUCAUCCAGGGCAAGAACCCCUCUGGGUGGUGGCAAGGGGUUCUGCAGGCUAGGGGUAAAAAACGCCAGAGCGGGUGGUUCCCCGCCUCCCACGUCAAGCUCCUGGGCCCCACCAGUGGGAAGUCCACACCAGCUCCUGUCCCAAUUUGCCAGGUCAUCACCAUGUACGACUACAAGGCAGGCAACGAGGAUGAGAUGAGCUUCUCAAAAGGUCAGCUGAUCAAUGUGCUGAACAAGGAUGAUGCUGAUUGGUGGAAGGGGGAACUGAAUGGCGUCGUCGGCUUGUUCCCCACCAAUUACGUCAAGAUGACCACGGAGUCCGAUCCCAGUCAACAAUGGUGUGCCGACCUGACCAGCCUGGACACCAUGAGUCCUCAGGAGAGGAAGCGACAGGGCUACAUCCACGAGCUCAUUGAGACGGAGGAGCGAUACAUGGCUGACCUUCAGCUGGUCCUGGAGGUGUUUCACAAGCCCAUGUCUGAGUCGGGACGCCUGACAGAUGUUGAAAUGGCCAUGAUCUUUGUCAACUGGAAGGACCUGAUUAUGUCCAACACCAAGCUUCACAAGGCACUGAGGGUGAGGAAGAAAACGGGUGGCGAGAAGAUGCCGGUGCAGAUGAUCGGGGACAUCCUGGCCUCGGAGCUCUCGCACAUGCAGGCCUACAUCCGCUUCUGCAGCUGCCAGCUUAACGGUGCCGCCCUGCUGCAGCAGAAGACCGACAAGGAACCUGAGUUCAAGGACUUCCUCAAGAAAAUCGCUACAGAUCACCGGUGUAAAGGCAUGCCACUGUCCAGCUUCCUGCUGAAGCCCAUGCAGAGAAUCACCCGCUAUCCACUCAUCAUCAAGAACAUCCUCGAGAACACUCCAGAGAAUCACUUGGACCACGGACACUUGCGGGAGGCUCUGGACAGGGCCGAGGAGCUCUGUCUGCAGGUCAACGAGGGGGUCCGGGAGAAGGAGAACUCUGACAGGUUAGAGUGGAUUCAGAGCCAUGUCCAGUGUGAAGGCAUCACUGAGAACUUGAUAUUCAACUCCUUGACCAACUGCCUGGGUCCCCGAAAGCUGCUGCACAGCGGCAAGGUCUAUAAAACGAAGAGCAACAAGGAGUUAUACGCCUUCCUCUUCAACGACUUCCUGCUGCUCACCCAAGCAGUGAAGCAGUUCACCUCGUCAGGGACAGAUAAGCUCUUCAGUCCCAAGUGCAACAUGCAGUUCAAGAUGUACAAGAACCCCGUGUUUCUAAAUGAAGUUCUAGUGAAGAUGCCCUCCGACCCAUCUAGCGAUGAGCCAAUCUUCCACAUCUCCCACAUCGACCGUGUUUAUACUCUCAGGACGGAGAACAUCAAUGAGAGAACGGCCUGGGCACAGAAAAUCAAAGCUGCUUCCGAACAUUUCAUAGAGACUGAGAAGAAGAAGCGAGAGAAGGCUUACCAAGCUCGUUCCCUGAAAACCAGUGGCAUCGGCCGCCUGCUGGUCACUGUUUUGGAGGCCACAGAGCUCAAGCCCUGCAAACCCAAUGGAAAGAGUAAUCCAUAUUGCGAAGUUACCAUGGGGGCACAGUGUUUCACCUCCCGGACAAUAAAUGACACAAUCAACCCCAAGUGGAACUUCAACUGUCAGUUCUUCAUUAAGGACCUGUACCAGGAUGUUCUGUGCGUCACCAUCUUCGAGAGGGACCAGUUCUCCCCUGAUGACUUCCUGGGCCGCACCGAAGUUCCUGUGGCCACCAUCAAGAAAGAGCUGGAAAACAAGGGAGCAGCGACACGGCGUCUGUUGCUGCACGAGGUACCGACAGGGGAGGUAUGGGUGCGCCUGGACCUGCAGCUGUUCGACCAAAAAUCUCUCAAAUGA